AUGGUGAUGGGAUCAGGCGAUGUACCACGGCGGGUUCCAAUUAGCGACUAGGGUCGUUCUAUAAUUCAAGCAGCUUACCCACGAGCCUCGUCGACAUGCCAAUUUCAAAACGUUUUGGACGGAAAUGAAACCUCGACUUAUCACUAGCUUUUUCGUCUCAACGACCCGCUCAACUCUAUCCAAACACCCGCCCGCCGCCCAACUUCUCGCUCUCGUCGAGUGUCCAGUGUGUCUGGGUCCACCUGUAGCUGUAGCUGCCCAUGGGGAAGCCUAACCCAGUCGUCGUCGUCACGGGUGCGAACGGGGGUGUAGGUUUUGGCAUAUGCCGACGUCUGCUCAUACAGCUGUGCUACGCCGUCCCCCCGGACGCAUCCAUUGACCGCACCCUCCCCAGGCCCCAGUCCCACUGGCUCUCCGCAUGCGAGAACGUCACCCUCGUCCUCGCCUGUCGCAACGUGGAGAGUGCCAAGCGCGCCCGUCAGAGGCUCUUGAAGGCGCUCGACAAGGAGGCGUUCCGCCAGCGCAAGUUCAAACCCCGGGGCUCGACGCGCGCCGAGCGCAUCCGCCAGAACGUCGACAUCCGGGUGCACCACCUCGAUUUGACCGUCGCAUCCAGCGUGCUGGAGUUCGCGGAGUGGCUUCAGCAGAUAUGUCCGUACGUCUCGCAUCUGAUCUGCAAUGCCGCCAUGGCUCCUCUCGACGACCAUCAGGGCGCGCGCCGGGCUGCACGGCAUCAGCGGGACGACACAUGCCCGGCGACCGUCCCAGAGAUCAUGGCCCAGCAAUCAGGCGAGAAGAGCGCAGAUGGACUCGGACUCGUGUGGCAGUGUAAUCUAUUCGGCCACUACAUGCUCUACCGCGCUCUUAGCCCGCUUUUCUCGGUCUACUCCCAGAAAACGGGGCAGUCGCCCCGCAUCAUCUGGAUGUCGACGAUGACGUCGCGUGCAGACGACUACGACGCGGACGACUGGCAGCUCCUGCGCACGAAGAAGCCCUACCUGCAUUCCAAGUACCAAAUGGAGCUCGUUGCGAACUACUUCAACCUCGAGCCGCGCAAGAACCCCCUUGAAGCAUUCACGUUCCCGCAGCCUAGGCACUUUGUCGUGCAGCCCGGCGUCGUGCUCACGAAACUGUACUCGCUCAACGGCUCGGGUUUGCGCGCGGCGACGCGCUCUGCGACCGUGUUCCUGGCCCGCCUCUUCGGCUCGCACAACCACCCGCGCACCACAUGCAAAGCCGCCAUCUCCGCCGUGCACGCCGCACUCGUCGAGCUCCCAAUGUGCACACAGUCGAGCACGUCCGCCGUGGUCGAGCGCUCGGCGGUGCCAGGCAUCAAGCUGCACUCACGCUCGCCGAUGUUCGGCAAGGCGUACGUCGACAUCAGCGAGUACCCCGGCGGGUGGUCCGUAGCCGAGGCGUGCAAGGCGCGGGACCUGGUGGGGCGCUGCGACGAGCUGUAUGAUGCGCUGGUGAGGGGGCUGCAUAAGACGAAGUUGAUUGGGGAUGUUGAUGAGUGGGAUUCGGCGUUUCGAGGGAAUGCGAAGGCGGGGGGAGGGGGAGGGGGAGGUGGGGGGUUGGAGUCGGAGUUGGAGUCGAGCGGGGACGAGAGCUCGAGGCUUGAGUCGGAUGAGGGGUCUGUGGGGUCGAGGGAGGAUACUGUUUUGCAUCUCGACGAGGACGAGGGCGGGGUGCGGCGGGUGUCUGGUGGCGAAUCGGUAUCGACGCAUUGCAGCUCGUUGGACCCGGACUCGGACUCGGCGACGGAAACCUUCAAUAGCACGAGCCAAGAUCUGAUCGAGACGGUCGGCCGCGCGUCGCUCGAUCCCGCCGAGAUUGAGCUGCCUCCGAGUCUCGCGACGUCUGUUUGUUUCUCAAGCGCGCUGAAUUCUCGCGAGGGGACGCCUCGGUCUUCGGUCGACACGCAAAUAACAAUUGGCACUCUACACCUGUCGGUCCUCGAGAGCUCUCGGGAUGAGGCUCGGCAUUCGAUUCCUGAGGCUGAAUCUGACGCUGGAUCUUUGGCGCUUGACGACGGUGCUCACGCUACCGCGGUUCUUGAGGACUCCGAGGACGAGGGCGAGGACGGGAUGCAACCAUCAGUUAUUACUAGUUCCGACAGGGCAUCCUACAAUGAUGGACCUGAGCAGCUCGAAUCCACUCAGGACGUCUCUAACCCCGAGCACACUACCUCACCAGCACCCUAACACGCCGUGCACCCAUCACACAUCAUGGUUCACCUCCACGCAGAGAACCGCACUAUUUUAAUCGCUAUUUAUCACACACAUCCUACAGUAUGUUCACGGGUGGACAUAGCUUCUUCCGUUCUUUCACCACUAGUUUCUCCUCUCUUCUCUUCUCCGACUCUUCUCCGACUCUUCUCUGGUCUAAUCCUCC